AUGAGUUCAUUGAAGCAAUUCAUUCGAAAUGUGCGAGCGUCGAAAACAAUCGCAGAUGAGCGCGCAGUUGUACAAAAGGAAAGUGCUGCUAUAAGAGCAAGUUUUCGUGAAGAGAGUGGUGAUCAUAAUGUCAGACGAAAUAAUGUAGCGAAGCUGUUAUACCUAUUCACAUUGGGUGAGAGAACUCAUUUUGGUCAGAUAGAAUGUCUCAAGCUGCUUGCAUCUCCAAGAUUUGCAGACAAGAGAUUGGGAUAUCUGGGGACAAUGCUUCUGCUGGACGAGAAUCAGGAGGUAUUAACUUUGGUAACCAAUUCUUUGAAGAACGAUCUCAAUCACUCUAAUCAAUAUAUCGUUGGCCUAGCUCUAUGUACCCUCGGAAACAUUGCAUCAGUCGAAAUGUCCCGAGACUUAUUCCCCGAAAUUGAAACCCUUCUCUCUACCGCGAACCCCUAUAUCCGUCGGAAAGCUGCAUUGUGUGCCAUGAGAAUAUGCAAGAAAGUCCCGGAUUUACAAGAACAUUUCAUCGAAAAGGCAGGAAACCUUCUGUCGGAUCGAAAUCAUGGUGUUUUGUUGUGCGGUCUUACAUUGGUAACGAACCUUUGUGAGAUGGAUGAGGCAGAAGGUGGAGAGGAAGGAAUCGUGGAGAAAUUUAGACCAUUCAGCGGAGGCUUAGUCCGAACGCUGAAGGGCUUGGCUAGUUCCGGUUACGCCCCUGAGCAUGAUGUUACUGGAGUUACGGAUCCAUUCUUACAAGUUAAGAUUUUACAACUGUUGAGAGUUCUUGGCCGGGGAGAUCCAGAAACCAGUGAGCAGAUCAACGAUAUUUUAGCCCAAGUUGCUACGAACACCGACUCUUCGAAGAACGUUGGAAACUCCAUUUUAUACGAGGCUGUUCUCACUAUUCUUGAUAUCGAAGCCGAUUCUGGUUUGAGAGUACUCGGCGUCAAUAUCCUUGGAAAGUUCCUUUCAAAUCGGGACAAUAAUAUUCGAUAUGUCGCUUUGAAUACACUCAUAAAGGUGGUCGCCAUUGAGCCAAAUGCAGUCCAACGACAUAGAAACACUAUAUUGGAAUGUUUGCGAGAUCCUGAUAUCAGUAUCAGGCGGCGUGCAUUGGAUUUAAGUUUUACUCUUAUCAAUGAGAGCAAUGUCAGAGUACUGAUUAGAGAGCUCCUUGCUUUCUUGGAAGUUGCCGAUAAUGAGUUCAAGCCAAUCAUGACCAGUCAGAUUGGUAUUGCAGCAGACAGAUUCUCACCAAAUAAACGAUGGCAUGUGGAUACCAUGCUGAGAGUUUUGACCUUGGCAGGAAAUUACGUCAAAGAGCAGAUUUUGUCCUCAUUUAUCAGAUUAAUUGCGACAACCCCUGAAUUGCAAACUUAUGCGGUACAGAAGCUAUAUACUAGCCUGAAAAAAGACAUCACCCAAGAAUGUCUGACUUUAGCUGGCGCAUGGUGCAUUGGUGAGUAUGGAGAGACUUUACUCCGUGGUGGUCAAUAUGAGGAAGAAGAACUUGUUCAAGAAGUCAAGGAGAGUGAAGUCGUUGAUUUGUUCUCGACCAUCCUCAACAGCAGUUACGCCACUCAAAUUGCAACCGAAUACAUCAUCACAUCCUUGAUGAAGCUCAGUACUCGUCUAUCAGAACCUGCGCAAAUUGAUCGAAUUCGACGAAUUUUAUCAAAUAAUGCCACGAAUCUUGACAUCGAGGUUCAACAGCGAGCGGUGGAAUACGGCAACUUAUUUAGCUAUGACUCCAUUAGAAAAGGUGUAUUGGAAAAGAUGCCUCCACCACAAAUCAAGGAAGAAUCACGAGUCCUUGGUGAGGCUAGUAAGAAACCAAGCAAAGCAUCAAACAGAAAGUCGAAGAUCAUCAAACCAGCAGAACAAGAUUUACUAUUUGACCUAAUGGGAGAUGGAGGAAUGCCUGAUGCAAAUGUCGGUGGUGCUAAUGGUGGAUCUCAAAAUAAUGCAGACCUUCUCGCAGACAUACUUGGAGGCACUGAUUCAUCUCAACCUUCAUCUUCCCCAACCCAGCAGUCAAAUAUGAGUUCAAUUAUGGAUUUAUUUGACAACACGCCAUCUCAACAGCCCCCUUCUGCCACGGCAACUCCUUCAAAUGAUCUCUUCUCUGGUGUAUCUUCACCUCCACCUCAAGCACCUUCAAUUCCCACAUACCCAUGUUACGACAAAAAUGAUCUUAGUAUUGUGUUACAACUUCAACGAAAUGCAGAAGGUGUCGUACAAGUCUUAUCUCGAUUCAAAAACUCCUCCAUGCAUCAAUCUUUCUCUUCAGUGGCAUUGCAAGCUGCAGUACCUAGAACACAAAAACUUCAACUGAACGCCAUGUCAAACACGAAUUUAGGGCCUGGAGCAGAAGCGACACAAUCAAUGAGAAUUACAGGAAGUAGCGGACCGCCAUUACGAUUGAGAUUAAAGAUUUCUUAUGCACACCCAACUGCGGGACAAGUGACGGAUCAGGUAGAUUGGUCGGAACCAAAUUAG